AUGGCUCGCGGCACGCCUUCCCAAGUGCGGCUCAAGUUCAGCCAGUCGCUCAAGGGAUGUUCGACCGCCGAGCUGCAGAAACGACUGCGUACGCUCCACAACGAACUCGCCGAGAUCGACCAGGACCUCAUCGUCACGUCCUCGCUCGACAAGGUCGCCAAAGAACUCAUCUCGUCGAGCUUGCUCCUGCACAAGGACCGGGGCUCCAAGGCUUACCUCGCGUGCUGCUUGGCCGACAUCCUGCGUCUGUACGCUCCCGAGGCACCCUAUACCCAGGAUGAGCUCAAGGUGAGGAAGCGUAUCCUGUUUUGUUGGGGUAGACUAGAUUCCGGCGCACCGCGUAGCCGCCUGCCCACGAAGCACACUCCGGCGACGUCGUUCCACUUUGGGACGCGUUCAGAGUCUUCAACGCUAGACACCGUACUGACCACCUGUCCUUCCCCGCUCCCCCAGGAUCUGUUCCAGUUCUUGUUUCAACAAAUCAAACACGUCGGAGACCCCGCGGACGCGCAUCAGUCGCAGUAUUUUUACCUCGUCGACUCGCUGUCGAACGUCAAGUCGAUCGUGCUCAUUUGCGAUCUCGACUCGGGCGACGAGCUCAUGGCCGAGAUCUUCAAGCAGUGCUUUAACACCAUCACGUAGGUUUGAUUUUUUUGUGACUCGAUGUUCAGCAACUUGCAUACUCACCCGGUCUGUACUCCCUUCCCGUUCACGUUCAGCUCCAACUCGCCGAAAAAUGUCGAAAUCUGCGUCGCCGACAUCCUCAUGCAAUUGCUCGAAGAGGCGCAGACGCUGCACUCGGACGUCAUCGACAUUAUCGUCUCGCAAUUCCUGCCCAAAAACGUCAAGACCCGUUCGGCGGCGCAUCGGUUGGCCGUCGACGUUUGCACCGGAGCGGCCGACAAGUUGCAGCGCUACGUCUGCCAAUACUUUGCCGAGGUCAUCACUUCGACCAUCUCCGGUGCGAACGGUGCGAACGGUGACGAUUCGAGUCAGCAUGAUAGCGAUGAAGAAGAUGAUUCGGACGACGACGACGAUGACGACAGUGAUGAUUCGGCGGCCAAGAGGAAGAAGCGGAGAAGGCAACAGCAAAAGAAGAAGAAGCCGGCGACGUCAAAUUCGAACAAGCUCACCUCCGCGAUGCUCGACAAGGUCGAGUUGCCGCCCCGAUUUGUCGCUGCUCACGAAUUGAUCGAGUCCAUCAACCGCACCGUACCUCAACUGCUGCUCAACGUCGUCCCCUUGCUCGAAGAAGAGUUGACGGCCGACAAGCCCGAAUAUCGACGGCUCGCAACCAACACGUUGGGUCACAUGUUGGGAGAACCGAUUGGGCAUGGCGAUGUCGCGCGAAAGUAUCCGCAGACCUGGAAGAUGUGGUUGCAGAGGUCCAGGGAUAUGGCACCGGCGGUGAGGUUGGCCAUGAUCGAUCAUCUCAAGCCGAUCUGGACACAGCACCCUGAAUUGGCUCAGGAACUAGGGGGUACGUCACGGUCUUUACAUCGUACCCACCCCGUUACAAGUAUACUCAUCCGCUCUUUCGUUCUGUACAGGCAUGAUUGGUAACGUGAUGCUCGACGCCGACGAUAGGGUGCGAUAUGCUGCCGUCGCAGUGUUUGAAACGAUCGAGUACGAAGUCGCGCUUCACCACGUCGACCGAAGAACGCUCGCAGCCCUCAGCGAACGUUGCCGGGAUCGCAGACCGACGAUUCGAGCGCUCUCCUUCCGUUGCCUCGGUCGCCUCUACGAUUUGUCGUACACCGAGAUCGAGUCGCGCGAUGCGAACGCGGUCGAUCAAUUUGGAUGGAUCCCGGGGAGUCUGCUCGAACUGAUCAAGACCGGUGGUGAUGUGCCCCUGCAAAACUCGGUGCGCGCUUUGAUUGAAUCGACGUUAUUGCACUACAUCGUACCUCAACCCAAGAAGGAAGAGGAUGAGCAGGCGUGGGUCGAUCGCUUCUUGCUCGUCUUGGGCGCCCUGACGCAGGACCAGCUCGCGACGAUCCUGAGUAUGACCAAGCUGGCGACUCGUCGGCCCUCGGCCCAUGACGCCUUCAUCGCCGCUUGCGAGAGGUACAACGGUGGCGUCAUUGACCAGGAUGAAGACGAGAUCAAGGGUCGCCUCAAGGUCAUCAUCCAAGCCAUCGCCAAUUUGAGCGGGGACCCGCCCAAAACAGCUGAGGACCUGCAAAAAUUCGCCAAGGCCAACGAAGGCCAACUGUACAAGUUGACGAAGCAGCUCCUCGACCCUCAAUCGGACCUCAAGACGAUGCUCAAGUGUCGACGAGAGUAUGCGCGCCGGAUUGAACAGAUCCAUUCGAGUAUCGUCGAGACGUUCAACUGGUUUAUCCAAUCCAGCGCUUACCUCUUGAUCAAUCGAUCGUCGAUUCCGACGCUGCUCAAGCGGCUGCGGACGCGCACAGGACCCGACGGCCAGACGACGUCGAACAAUGCCGCACUCGUGCUCGAGUACAUCUCGGCCAACCGACCGGUACUUUACAAGGCCCACGUGGCUGAAUUGACUAAAGCUCUAUCCGGCGAGACGGCCAAGGAUGACAAGCUCGUCGAGGUCGCCUUGCACGCUCUCAGUCGAAUCAGCAAGACGAAGCGCUCUGUUUUAAUCGACAAGAAGCUCGCCGAACGAGCGGCUCAUUUCGCACGAUCGGAGAAAGAGCGUCAGGCCAAGCAUGCGGCGACGAUCGUCGCUCUCGAUACGGCGCGGUUACAAGCCGCCGAUGAUCUCGUCCAGGACUUGUCCGACUUGAUUGGGGUAGCCAAGGGGGAGUCGCUGGUCGCUCACCUGUCGGCUUUGGCCCGGCUGGUGCGCCAUGCCGUUGGUGCGUUCGAGACGAAGAGCGAGGACGUCACCUCUUUGGCUUUGGAGAUCCUCAAUCGCAAGAUCGUACCGGGUGAAGUCCACGACGACCUCAACUGGGUCGAGGAUGAUCAGCUCGACCCGCUCGCGAAAGCGCGCCUACUCGUCGUCAAGCUCUUCACGAACCGAUGCCUCGCUUACGCCGAUACGGACUCGGCUGAACAAGUCGCUCAACCCGUGUUCAAGAUGCUAUGGCCGCUUUUGCAAGUCUACGACGAGGAGACGAGCAAGUACACGCCUUCGACGGCCUCGCGGCUACGAUUGGCGGCGGCGCACUCGAUGCUCAAGCUCGCGACGUGCCCGGCUUACUCUGGCUCGAUCGCUCGUUCGUUCGAGUUGCUGGCCAGAACGGCCCAGGAUGAAUGCUACGAGGUUCGAUCGGGCUUCAUCAACACGCUGUUGACGUAUUUGCGCUCGAACCGAAUCUCGACCACCGCAGCGAGGUACAAUAUGGUUUUGUUCUUGACGGCGCAUGAUCCUGAAGUCGAGUUGCGCCUCUCGGUGCAGAACUUUGUUAAGACGAGGGCGAACGCGAUCCCACCGGCGGCGCGACAGGCGCAGUUUGAACAUCCUUUCGUGAGGUUGUUGCAUCUCUUGGCGCAUCAUCCUGAUUUCGAAGGCGAGGAACAUGAUGAGGGCGAGAUCGCUACGAUGGCCAAGUGAGUCCGAAGGACCCCGUGAUCUGACAUUGACAUUGUACUUGUGCUGAAGAAGACCUUGGUCACUCAGAUACAUCGAAUUCUACCUCGAGUGCCUCGCGACGAAGGAGAACGCUCCCUAUUUGUUCCACCUUGCGCUCAAAGUCAAGACCAUGCGCGAUGCCCACUCCGACGCCUACAACACGAACCUCUACCUCCUUUCGGAACUGGCGCAACACCUGAUCAAGAAUGUCGCCAAAUCGUACGGUUGGCCUUUACCGACCUUCCCGCAUGGGGUGACGAUGCCUUCGGAUAUCUUCAAGUUGAUGCCUGACAAGGCGACGCAGAAGAAGGUGAUGGAUACCGUUUACCUCACCGACGAUCUGUUGGCUUCGGUGAGGCCGAUGAUCAAAAUUCGAAGCGUGUUGCCGGCUGCGACCGUACCGAAGAAGAGGAGGAGUCCUAAACCCAAGGCGUCGCCCAAGCUCAAGGCGGUUUCUACGGCGGGAGGGAAGAAGCCGAAGAAGCCGAAGCGUGAUUCAUUCAAUUCCUCUGCGGAAGAGGAGAGUGAUGAGGAGGAGGGAUCGAGUGAUGAGGAGGCGGAGCUGGAUGUGGAUGGGCAGAGGAAAAAUAAGAGGGUCAAGAGCCCGCCCAAGGCGAGGCCGGCUUACGAGAGGAAGGGUUUGCGGUCGACGAAUGGAGUGAAGAAGAGUGAGGAUGAGGAGAUGGAGAUGGAGGAACAGCCAGAAGAGGUGGAGAAAGAGGUCGAGAAUAAGUCCCCUCAGAGGGAUGGGAAGGGGAAGAAGGCGAUGACACCGAAGAAGAAGGGUGCGGAUUCGGCGGCACCGACUUCGGCUCGGGCCAAGAGGACGAGGGGUAAGGUUGAGGUGGAGGUCGAGGCGGAAGAGAAGAACAAACCGGGGGCGACGAGAGCGUCGCGGAGACGGAAAGCGGUUGACUCGGACUCGGAAGAGAUGGAUGAAGAUUGA